UUUGUUGCAGCAGCUGUUCGGUCACACUUCGAUGACUGUCCUGACUCCCACAGCCACUUCUGUUUCCAUGGCACCUGUCGUUUCUUAAUUCUGGAGGAGACGCCUGCAUGUGUGUAAGUUCAAUCUCUCUGUCUGUCUCUCUGACACACGCACCCACAUUGUUGAAAUGAGGCUAUGUCCCACAGUAAGGCACUGUCGUCAUUAUUUCACAAUCAGGUGAAUCAGUGUGUUACUCUGUCUGGAUGGGAAAUUGUUAUUAGAUAGUCAUGAACUUGUGACCUGUCCUUGCUGGUGAGCUGUCACAAGUUAGCUGUAACAAUUUAGUGUAUGUGCUAAUUUUAUUUUGAGUGGUCACCAGUUAUUAGGAUUAUGGAGAGUUUGUUGGGUAAGCCACCCAGUUUUAGGUCUGUGUCUGUGACAUCCAAAGUGUGUUUAGGAUCUGUUCUGCCAGUGCUCUGUUUGUACACUGAUUCGCUGCAGUUCGUAGAGCUGGUCUGAGCAUGAUACGAAUUACACUGGCCUAUGGAAUUGGAGCUUGGCAGUUCACUUCUCACUGAGUGAGAUGAGAAGGGAAUUCCCUCCAGGGUUAGGCUGUUUGACCUAAACCCUUUACUAAAAGGCUCUUUAGUAGUGACCUCUUGAGACCCUUUAUGGCAUGUUCAUAAUACGAAGGGUAUUGUAUGGGUAGUAAUAUGAUGCAGAAUAGUUUUGCAGACUGAUAACUAUUCUUCCUGAAACGUAGGUAAAAUAGUUCUACUUACCUGUUCUACUUCAUUCAUUUGUACCUCUAUUAGUGUCUUCCAUAGAGAUACAAUAUAUUUAUAGAUGUUAUAUUUAAUGCUGUGGUCUCUCCAUUGACAAACUCACUGACUCCAUUUGCAAACAGCCCUGAAGGAUCAAGUCCUUGCUGCUGUAUGACGUCUGAUGUCCUUUCUCCUCUCCAUGUUGGACAGGUGUCACCAAGGCUUCGUAGGGAUGCGAUGUGAGCAUGCCGACCUGCUAGCCGUGGUGGCCACCAAUCACAGGCAACAGACAGUUGCCACGGUGCUAGUUCUGUGUGUGAUUGGCUGCGUCUUGACGAUGCUGCUCUGCACCCUUUUACAGUAAGUACAUGAUGUCUGCUUAAUAGGAAGUCCACAAGCUAACAGAAAUCUCUCCAUGACUUAUCCCAUUUACUGAAAUGGCAUAUCAUAAAGACAACUAUGUGGAUGACUAACCAACCACACUGUGAUUCUGCUCAAUGUGCUGUCCACAAGAGAACAACAAUCUCCCUCUGACACUGCCCAUUCACUGAGCCUGCAUACUUUGUGUAGACAUCUGCGCCAUUACAUUGUGAUGAACCAAACAUACUGCACAUGCAACCAUGAUGAUGUUUGUCCAUGAAGUAAGAUUAAAAACCCUGCACUGGUCUUCAGAAGGUUGUUUGGUGUGUUGACCUGAAAUCAUUAGUCAUGAUGAGUUUGUCCUCUCUCUCCCAGUUGCUGGUGGAGGCGGGACGGUUUUGGGCGGAGGCACAGACUCCACUGUGCCCCAGAGAAACAAGGCAGUAUGCUGAAGGGCCGAGGGUCCUGCUGUCACUCUGAAAGUGGUACAGACUUCAACUUACUUUUCAUUUUGUACUUUUGUCUAGUUUGUCUUUUGUCUAUGUUUCACAUUCCCAACUGUCAUCAUGUUUGAAAUUGGAAACUACAGGGGUUCUAAUUAUGAUAAUCGGUGAGGGGUAUUUUUGUAAUCAACUGGAGAGGGUAGAUGGCUAUGAGCCCUAGAGAUAGGUUUAAUGGCCUACUGUGUAUAUCUGCUGAAGCCUACUGAACCUUUCUCUGUGCAUAAAGGACCCAUCUGGUUUGAUCAUGACAGUAUUAAAGGCUCACGCUGUUAGACCUAAUGUAUGGGAAUCAUUGAGGUGUUGCUGACACAGCUGUAGCUAAUUGAUGCCUCCUGUCCUUUACAUCCAUAGACAUUUAGAAGUCUCUCACUUGAUGCCUCUACUCUAGCUCUUACACAGGGUUAUGAGAACACUACACUGAGAAAAAAAUACAAUUAUGCCCAUAUUAGAACAGGGUUUUCUAUAGGUUAUGCUAUCAAGGCUAUGCUUACCACUGUACUCUGUCUCACACUGUAUGAACUUUGAAUGUUCUUGACUCGUGUUUUGGGGGAAGUACACACUAACAACAUUAUCAUCACACCCAGACCACAAUGUAAAUCAAAUUAUAAACCACCUUCCUCCAUAGAUAUAGUGUACUGUAGUUAGAUGGUUGAAAGACUCAGGUCUUCUCAGUGUUCUAUCUUACCCAGCAGUGGCAUGCUAUGGGUCUAUCCGAUGGUUAUGCAAACCCAGG